CUCGUUGUUUCACUGUGAUCUCGGGCUGGCGGCGGGAUAGUUGUGUUCUUUAUUAGUGAGUUUUAAACAUAGACAGUAUAAGAACGGUUUUAAGAAGACAGAGCUCCAGGUAAACCAGCACACACUCACUCAGAAUCCAGAGUGAGUCCAGCAGCCCCAGUGGACAUCUGCUGGAUUUCAGGACAAGAGAGGAAUGGAGGAGGACAACCAGAACCAGGAGCAGCGGAGCAACAAGGUCCCCAGAAGACAAGCAGCAGACUGGGACUCUGAUACCAGCCAUGUUCAGGAGCUCUCAGCAGAUGUCAAGCUGGCGACCGGAGCAGGAGAGAAGGGCAAGAAGGAGGAGGAGGAGCAGCCUGCAGCACCUCCUGCAGCAGCAGUGAAGGAGGAAGAGGAGGAGCAGCCUGCAGCAGCAGCAGCAGUGAAGGAGGAGGAGGAGGAGGAGCAGCCUGCAGCAGCAGCAGUGAAGGAGGAGGAAGAGGAGGAGUAUGUGGUGGAGAAAGUUUUGGACCGCGGAGUGGUGAACGGAAGAGUAGAGUUUCUGCUGAAAUGGAAGGGGUUCUCAGAUGAGGAUAACACAUGGGAGCCGCAAGACAACCUGGACGUCGACCUUAUCACCGAGUACAUGCAGAAACACAAGGAGAAGGAGAAGAAGGGCAAGAGGAAAGUUGUCAGUGAGGCCUCGGGAGACUCAGAGGAGCGAGGGAGCAAGAGGAAGAAGGAGGAGGUGAGCGAAGGAAAGAGGUUACUCCAGACUGAAGAGUUCCACAAAUCUAAUCUCAAUAUUAAUGAAUAUUAAUACAGCGCAAGAAAGGGAGGAAUUUGAGUGAUUCAUUAAAAAUGUAAUAAUAACUAGGGCUGUC